GAGGUUUCUGCACAGCUCACCUCCUGACGGGGGCCUCUCGCUGGAUUUCCCCGCCCCCUGACUGGACAGAGGGGCUUUAUAAAAACGAGCCGGGUAGCCUGAGCAGGAAUUCAGAGAUGAAGCUGCCUCUGCUUUCCGUGCUGUGGGUCCUCGUCGGCCUCCAUUGGCUUCAGUCAGGCAAUGUCUCGGCUCAGGUGUCCAUCACCAACGAGGAGCUGAAGGACAUGUCCGAGCUGCUCUUCUCUCUGGACAAGAACAAGGCCCAUCCAUCAGAGCUCAUCAUCAACCCUCAGCGCCUCAUUCCCAACUCUGAGACCAACCAGAAAGUGGACCUCAGUACAGAGCCGCUCUACACCUUUGUGGACGAGGCCACCCUGUUCACUAAGCCCACUUAUGCUGCCCUCAUCAAACUGCUGGAUAACUACAAUCGAAUGACGGGCACAGCUGAGCACUUCACCAAGGAACAGGUGGCAGAGCAGGAGGCCUUCUUGAAAAAGGUGGUGACCGACACUGAGAUUGGACGACAGCUAAGUACCUUCCUGCUCGCCAAAGGGGUCUACACCUCAGAGGCGGAGCUUAUCCAGGACCUUCAGAUGAUGUGGUUCGGCCUGUACUCCCGCAACAAGGGCCAGCUGGACUCCAGUGGCUUUGAGCACGUCUUUGUAGGAGAAAUCAAGAGCAGCAAAGUGUCCGGCUUCCACAACUGGGUCCAGUUCUACCUGCUAGAGAGGCGCGGGCAGCUCAACUACUACAGCCAUAACUUCGAUGGGCCUUGGGCCGGCUUUCCCGACAUCCUGGGCAUGCAGUUCAACUGGAGCGGCUACUUCAAGGAGGUCGGCUCGGCCUUCAUAGGCAGCAGCCCCGAAUUUGACUUUGCCAUCUACAGCCUCUGCUACAUCACCCGGCCUGGCAAAAUGUGCCACCUGAGUCUGGGGGGCAAGGCGCAGAGCAUCCAGACGUACACCUGGACCAACUCCUUCUACGGGGACGGAAAGAUGUUCAUCGCCUCGGCCUACCCGGUAUCACCCUGAGCGGCGUCACCUUGGCGUCUUUGGUGGGUGGGCACGGCCUGGGCUUCGUCAUCUCAGUGCCACUGAGCCCCCUGAUCAUCCUUCACAAAAAGAUGUCGCAUGGAGGAGAUAAACGAAUAAAUAAAUGAAUUGAUGAAUUUA